GAGGAACUAACAGCGCCGUUCUUUGGAAAGAAAGAAAAAAAGGUCAUAACCAUGAAAAGCAUCUCCUUCCUGGCUGGUGUCCUUCUGAUCCUCUGCUUUGUCCCGAGCAGCUGGCAGGUUUCUCUGCACGAGGCUGACGACAGCUCCAGUUCUGAGGCAGACGACACAUUAGUGGAUGACCUGAGGGAGCUUUCGAACAUGAAGAGACAUUCAGAGGGAACUUUCUCAAACGACUACAGCAAAUACCUGGAGGACAGGAAGGCGCAGGACUUCGUUCGGUGGCUGAUGAAUAACAAGAGGAGCGGUGCCGCAGAAAAGCGCCACGCAGAUGGGACUUUCACGGACGACGCGAGCUCCUACUUCAAGAACCAGGCAGUCAAAGACUUUGUUGCCAGGCUGAAGUCUGGACAAGACAGAAGAGAAUCUGAAACGGACAGGCAACGUGAAGCGUUCAGCAGGAGACAUGUAGAUGGAAGCUUCACCAGCGAUGUGAACAAGGUGCUGGACUCCAUGGCGGCAAAGGAAUAUUUACUCUGGGUCAUGACCUCCAAGCCUUCAGGGGAGAGUAAGAAAAGACAAGAGGACCAAUGA